GGGAGAAGGCUAUCCUCGGCCCUCACCCCGGGGCCCUGACUUCAGCCCACCCUCUCCUCUGCAGCCCCCAUGAUGCAGUCGCUCCUGCCAGGCAGCGUCCAAGUCUGGGUGGGGGGACGGCCCUUUGCAGCCGACAAGGCCUUGCUGGUGGAGAACAGCGGCUUCUUCCGCGGCCUGUUCCGCUCUGGGAUGCGGGAGGCCACCCGAGGCGAGAUCCACCUCGGAGCGCUGAGCGCCGGCGGCUUCCAGACCGCGCUGCAGGUCCUGGGGGGCCAGCGGCCGGCGCUGGGGGGCGAGGAGGAGCUGUUUCAGGCCGUGGAGUGCGCCGCCUUCCUGCAAGCCCCGCCGCUGGCCCGCCACCUCAUCCACAGCCUCACCUCGGACAACUGCGUGACGCUGUGCGAGACGGCCUUCGUCUUCGGCCUGUGGGACGUGUUUCACCGCGCGGCCCUCUUCGUUCGGGACGGACCCCCGGAGAUGGCCGAGGAGCUGUCCCCGGAGGUGCGGGCCUACGUGGGGGCCCUGAGGCCCAGCAGCUUCGUGGCCGUCGGCACCCACACCCCCACUCCGCAGUACCUGGAGGACGCGACCCGGACGCUGUGCUACCUGGACGAGGAGGAGGACGUGUGGAGGACGCUGUCGGCCCUGCCCGUGGAGGCCAGCACCUUGCUGGCCGGCGUCGCCACGCUGGAGAACAAGCUCUACAUCGUGGGCGGCGUUCGGGGGGCCAGUAAGGAGGUGGUGGAGCCGGGCUUCUGCUACGACGCCGACCGGGGCACCUGGCAGGAGUUCCCCGGCCCCCACCAGGCUCGCUACGACGUGGCUCUGGUGGGCUUCGAGGGCAGCCUCUACGCCAUCGGCGGGGAGUUCCAGAGGGUGCCGCUGAGGUCCGUGGAGCGCUACGACUUCGCCUCGGGCUGCUGGAACUUCACAGCGGAGCUCCCGCAGCCGGCCGCGGCGGUCCCGCGCGCGCAAGCCUCGGGCCGCCUCUUCGUCUGCCUCUGGCAGCCCGCGGACACCACGGCCGUCUACGAGUACCAGAGCCGCGCCGACGCGUGGCUUCCGGUGGCCUCCCUGACGCGGCCCCAGAGCUACGGCCACUGCCUGGUGGCGCACCGGGACAGCCUCUACGUGGUCCGCAACGGGCCGUCCGAUGACUUCCUGCACUGCGCCAUCGACUGCCUGAACCUGACCACGGGCCAGUGGACCGCCCUCCCCGGCCAGUUCGUCAAUAGCAAGGGGGCGCUCUUUACCGCCGUGGUCAGGGGGGAUACAGUCUACACCGUCAAUCGCGUGGCCACCCUGCUGUACGGCGUGGGCCGCGGCUCCUGGAGGCUGCUGAGGGAGAAGGCCGGCUUCCCCAGGCCCGGCUCGCUGCAGACCUUUCUCCUCCGGCUGCCCGGCGGGGCCCGGGCCCCCGCGCUCUCCUCCCCGAAGCCGUGACGCGGGGAGCUGCGCAGAGAUCCUCGGGACCGAAGCCUUGGGCUCCAAGCGGCCAGGAAGCAAGCUUUCUCCUCGGCUAGUCCCGCUGUAGCCCGAAGCCCCCGGGGGCCGCUCUGAAACCGCUCCGCCUCGCCUGGGCCCGGGCCCGGGCCCGGCUGCGGCGGCCCCAUUCAGCCUGCAGGAGGCCGAGUCCUAGGGCAUGCUGGAAGCCAGAGGAGCCGAGUCGUUUUGGGGGGAGGGGAUGUCGCUUAUCGUCUGUCUGCCUGCCUCAGUUUCCUCGUUUAUGACGAGCCCGAGGUCGGACUAGGGCCUCUGAGGACACUUUGAGCUCUAACUUUAGGAAAGUGCUUUGCCUUUGGUCUUGCCUAACAUCCCUGAGUCACGGCCCAUGGUGACUGAAACUGUAAGACAUUGUGCGGUGAGAUGCGGUCAGGGACUCAGAUGGGCUUGGAAACAUUGUAGCUGGUACGCAUCCGGCAUGGAUCGAGCACCUUUUCUUGAAAUGUUGAGCACAUUUACUGAAGCUAGGGCUGAAUUAAAUGCUCGGUGAAGAGACCGGCGUUGGAGAAGACAGUUCCUGACCGUCAAGCGUUUACAAUCUAAGGGAGAAGGAGCUAACAUUAGUGACAAUACAAGGCAGUGUCCCAUUAAGCGCUGAAUUGUGCAAUAUGGAUAAGGGCUGUAGGAGUUCCGAGGGAAAAGGAGAUCUCUAUGGCCUGGUGUGACCGAGGAAGGUUUCUUGGGUGUCGGAGGACCUAGGAUGAGCCUUUUCAAGUUUCUUCCCAGACCUGUGACUAUUCCUGAAGGGUCCCUAAGAAUGGCAUCUGGAAGUGUUAAUGUCCUUUAUUCUAAGACAAUUGCAAGUCGGCCAGCAUCAGAUCUUUGCCACCGACCUUCACAUCCAGCAGCAAGUUAGAAGUGGAGCCUGGAGCCUAGAUGUAUGAUUUCAUCAUUUUAGGACCUAGUUUCCUCAGCUAUGGAUCAGCAACUAGGAAGAUGUCUGGGACCCAGAAAAGUCACAUUUGCUUGAAGUCACACAGUAUAUAUCAAAGGCAAAAACAGUGGGCUCCAAGGCUGACAUCCUACCCACCUAACAAUAAAUCAGUAAUUAUUUAUUAACUGCCUGCUAUUUGGUAGGAAUAUUUCUUUUUAUUCUGCCCAAAGAUUUGUAGUGUAACUAGAGAUGAUUUCUUAGAAGAUAUUUGGGUUUCUUCUCCCAAUGUGAAACUCUCAUUUUAUUCAUUUCUGACUUUAGAUCCCAAAAAAUAGGAGGGAAAGUAAAAUGUUCCAUCCCUUGUCACCAUCACAGUCACUCACCUAUGUAAGUUAGCUGUUUCUUUUUGAUUUUGAAUAAUCCCAAAGGCAAUUUUCUAUGGCCUCUAUGCUUCUUGGCUACUUCCAUGGAGUAAGAGUGGAGAGAAGGCCAAGGUCAUCCUUCCAGUCAUCCAAACUCCAAGCCUAAAUGUCACCCUGAUCUCUUCAUUCUCAUCUACCAUAUGCAAUUUUUUGUCAAAUCCUGUAAUUUCCACAUUUAUCUCUUUUAUAUGCCCUCUUUCUCCCCUCUGACACUGCCAUGAUUCUGGAGCUAACUCUCAUGCUAGACUAUUUCAAUAGCCGCUAGUAGGUCUCCCUGCCUUGUCUCUCCUCACUCCAGUCCACCUUCCACUCAGCUAUCAAACAUGACUAUGUCAUGUCACCCUUCUCCCACCCAAAAAACUCCCCUCACCUCCCUAGAAUCAAAUACAAAAUCCUUUGUUUUUUAAAGCCCUUCAUCAUUUGACCCUUUCCAGUCUCCUUAUAAACAUCCUCUGUAAUUCAGUGACCCUGGACCUUUUGCUUUUCUUCACACAAGACAUUCUGUCUCUGAAUCUUGGCAUUUUCUUUUCUUCUAUUUUUGGGGGCAAUUGGGGUUAAGUGACU